GGUCAAAUGUUUACAAAAUGUGCCAAAAAAAACUCUUUGAAUGUAUUUUUUGUGUACAUCACAAGCACAGCAUCAUUCAAUCAAUUUAGUACAGUUUAUUAACAGUCAAUUAAAAAUGACGAUAACAAUGGUUCACACACAAUAUGGAUCGAUUGAAGGGUCCAUAAGAACUUCAAAGCUAGAGAAGGAAUACUUAAGUUUUCAAGGAAUUCCUUUCAUGCAACAGCCAGUUAAAGAAUUGCGUUUUAGAGAUCCACAGGCACCAGAGUCAUGGACAAUUCCAAUAGAUUGCACAAAAGAUUGUUCAAGUUUCUGCAAUUUUAUAGGUUUAAGAAGUGGAAUAGAAGAUGCAGCUGGAAUUAAUGUAUUUGUUCGUAUUAAUGCACUUAAAAAAGACCGGUUGUUGCCCGUUUUUGUAUAUAUUCACGGCGGUGGGUUCUUCAGCGGUUCUAGCCGUCAUGAUCUCUGUGGACCUGAUUACAUAGUCGAACGUGACACUGUAUUAGUCACAUUCAAUUAUAGACUUGGUGUAUUGGGAUUCUUAAGUCUUAAUGAUCCAUCCCUAAAUAUUCCUGGCAACGCAGGUCUUAAAGAUCAAGUAUUUGCACUCAAAUGGAUUCAGCAAAACAUAAAAGCAUUCGGUGGUGAUCCAAAUAAUGUCACACUGUGCGGUGAAAGUGCUGGGGCUGUAAGCAUACAUCUCCACAUGAUAUCCGAGCAAUCACGUGGAUUAUUUCAAAAAGCUAUUCUCAUUUCCGGAUCUGCUUUUAUCAAGUCAUGGGGUGUCAUUGAUAAAAGUGACUUUGCAGAACGAUUAGCGAAACGAUGUGGAUGGGACGGAAAUGGUGGUGAGGCAAAAAUGCUUGAAAUUUUACAAAAGGCUAAUCCACAUACAUUAAUGAAGUUUGGUGAUGUUACAAAUUUAUUUACUGAGGAUGAGUUCUCACAAUUCAUGAUUUUCGGAUUUCAACCUGUUGUUGAGCCUUAUGUUGGGAAUAAUUGCUUCCUUCCAAAAGAUCCAGUAUUAAUGGCACAAGAAGGAAUCUGGUCAACAGAUAUUGCUUGCAUGAUUGGAGCUGCUACAAUUGAAGGUGCUAUGUUUAGCUUUUUGAAUCGAAAUCAAAAGUCUAUCGACUUGUUACAAAAACCACAAUACUUUUGUCCAUCAAAGGAACUGAAUAUUGAUAUUAACAGCCCCAACGCAAUUAAGUAUGGACAAAUGUUAAAAGAAAUAUAUUUUGAAGACAAGCCUGUGACAAUGAAAAAUCUAGAACUUUUACUAGACUAUGCUGGUGAUCGCCAAAUCUGGCAUGGAGUUUACAAUGCAAUCAAGCAACGAAUUAAAGCUGGCGGUAAAACUUUCAUGUUCAGAUUCGAUGCAAAUACAAAAAUGAAUUUAAUUAAGCAAAUCGGAAAAAUUGAAUAUACAGGUGCAGCACACGGUGACAUGAGUUUGUACUUUUUGUCUAGUUCUUAUGUCGAGGCACCCAAGCCCAACAGUAUUGAGUAUAAAAUGAUGGAAAAAAUGACAAAAUUAAUUGAGAGUUUCCUGCUCACUGGAGAUCCAAACACUGCAGCAGAAAAUGUUGUGUGGGAACCUGUCACUGAAGAGUUUAAUUGCUUGACAAUUAAUGAAAAGAAUUUUGAGAUUGGAGUCUUUCCUGAGAAGGAUGUGCUAGAUGUUUGGAAUUCAAUUUUUGAAGAAGAAAAUGUGAAAGUUUAUUAAAAUAAAAGGCAAAAAAAUUGAUUUUUUA